AUUUUUGUUUACAAAUGCUCGAAAUGAAUCGAAAUAUUACGUGUGUGCAUCGUGGCAAAAACUAAAGUAGCAGAUAUCACGUCGGGUAAAAUGUAUGGCUAAAUGUAUUUCAAAGAAUAUCGAUUGAUGCCACAUACAUAACGAGGAUCCACACCAAAUAAAUUAAUACUUCUGGAAGUUCUGGAGAACAGAAUUUAAGGAAUGCAACUGCAAGCGGGAAAUAUUGGCAGCUCAAUUGGUCCUGAUCAAUCGCGGAUAUCCAGGUCUGCAGGUCUGAGACUUCUACAGAUGAAAGCAUCACCAAAACUAAAUAUUGCAUAGAUUGCUCUCUACAUUCUUAAAAAAAACCUUCAAGAAUGCAUUACGCAUACCUACAUUUCAUAAAAAGCAUUUUCUAAACUUACACUUGGUACUUCGCUGGCCACUAAUACCUUAAUCAUUCCCAACUCACUCGAAGUCGGAGUAAACACAGACAAAAGGAUUAAAGUGAAAUCAUGGAGGAUGACUUGAUUAAGGGGUUUGCUGACCUAGCAGAGAAAAAACUUCAUCAGGUGCCGGAGUUGACACUGCUUAACCUGGUGUCAUGGGGUGCUUCGGCAGCGAUGAUCUUUGGAGGAAUUGUUCCAUUUAUUCCGCAAUACUUGGACAUCAGACGUUCAGAGAACACAGAGGGAUUUUCAACUCAUGUCUGCCUUGUUCUUCUUGUUGCCAACAUACUCAGGAUUUUGUUUUGGUUUGGUCAUCCUUUUGAGCUUCCACUUCUAGCACAGAGCAUCAUUAUGAUAUUUACUAUGAUGGUAGUAUUACAACUAUGUACGCGAGUAAAGUCUCUUCACAGUCUAUCUUCAACCAAGAGAUAUGUCACAGCCGUAGAUACUAAGCCAUGUUCAGAUCUACAUCCUACCUGUAUGACACAUGGGGAAGGGCGGGUACGUCAUUCCAGCGGCGUGGGAACACACUCUACUAGCAAGGAUAAAGAGUUGGCCCAACGGGUCGAGAGGAGAACCCUAUUCGAUCUUGAUUGGCGUUACUUCUGGAAGUGGACUCGGUUUGUCGACUAUGUCCUCUUCAUGGCGAUAUUCUGUAUAGCAGGGGGUGUCGUGACGUACUUCCUGUCUUCCUUCAGCGUUUAUGUAGAGACGAUAGGUUUCCUGGCUGUAUUCACUGAAGCAAUGUUAGGAUCACCGCAAUUCUACCAUAAUUUUAGAAACAAGUCUACGCAGGGAAUGAGUGUCAAGAUGGUGAUGUUCUGGUUAUCUGGCGAUCUCUUCAAGACGGGAUAUUUCUUUGUGAACAGCGCCCCCAUCCAGUUCUGGAUAUGCGGUAUACUGCAAGUGUCUAUUGAUAUAGCUAUCCUGACACAAGUCGUUUACUAUGGUGCUAGACCACCUAUCAAGCUGGCAAAAGUUUCUGCACCGGCAGAACAUAUAUCAUGAUCAAGAAUACAUAUAUCCCCUGUAUAACAGUUUUAUACGUUUGAUGUCACCAAACACACUGCAUAGGGGGGAACCAGUAUUAGGAGAGUGUGCUUUGCCGUGUUUGUUUCAUAUAGAGAUUGGUUACUCUCUGAUGUGGGAGAAAAAAAUGUAGAGAAGACUUCUUUGAACAAAGUAGAGGAAUUGCACAUUUCCAAAUUGUACUAAUUAAUCAAAAUACUGGUAGACGUCUUCUAAGGGUGGAAAGUUUUUGAAAUUUGAAAUACAGGACACCCUCGAUUGACUGUUGUGUGCAAUAAAGGUUGAACUCAACGUUGUUUGUGCCAAAGUUAAGCACAUCUCUCUGAUAGUUUGGUUUUACUCCUAUAUGUCAGAAUGAUGUAGAUAUUGAAAAAGUGGUCUGAAGAUUUUGAGUCCUACUACCACCACCACCAUCAGUAUUUAUUGCUACUAGUUGAUUUAGCCAGAGUACGAUAGCAUGUGGCAAGUCAUUUUACAUUCAAUCCCAUCUCUUGAUUACUAGAAUUCAUUUCUUGAUAUCACAAAAUAAAAAUAAAAAUUCUUCAUAAUGAGAAUUCAUAUUGUGUUAUGAAAAUAUGGGAAUUACUCGUCAUGAGAAUAUAUUUCUAGAUAUUUUCUUGAAGAUAUAGUGUAUUAAGUGAAAGAAAAAAAGGCUUACCAUACAUUUGUCAGCAUACGCUGGCUAAUCUGUUCAGGUGUAACAGCCACUCUAGGAAUGGUUAGGUGUGAGUUCAAUUAGCAGUCAGUAGAAGUCUGAAGUCUAGUUUUAUACAGACCACUUGAGGUCUAACUCUGGGCUAAAAUUAUGGGAAGCCGAAAGUGUCAAAAUUCUGUGUAUAUUGCAUGGUUUUCAUGCUUACGUUGUUCUUUUUUCAUUCUUUGUUGAUGAAGAAAUCUAUUUUAGUCAUUAUUCCCAGACAGUUAAGGGAUGAUUUGGGUGUCAAAUGUGCUGAAAAUCAAACAUAGACUGUCACAUGUUUGGGUCACUAAUAUGGCUUUCCAUAGUUAAACCACAACUUCAGACCAGAUUGAAUUAAACCUGGUUUCAGAAUAUAAGCCUUUGUGUUACAUACGAUCAGGCAUUUAAUUGAGAUUGCCCAAGGGAAAAAUUCUGCAGAUGAGUUUAAUAAUCUGAUUAGCCAUGGGAAUCAGACGUCCAGCUUCUUGAGAAAAACAUGUUAAUGACUGCUCAAGUGUAUCAUGUUAUUUGUCUCUUUUCAUGGUGAUAACACAUGGAACCCAUUUCAUUAAGACUUGUUAUAUACAGUGCGUCCCAGAAAAAUGAAACCUGUUUUCAGAGAUAAAUUAUCAAACAUGAAUUUGAUACUUAUGUUUAGGAGUAUAAUCUCAUCUUUAUUUCGAUACUAACAGCUUAGCAAAUCAUCCACACACAACAGAUUACGAAAAUAAACAUUGAGGCCUGUCAGAAACGAUUUGCGCAGAAACUCACAUAAGAAUCUGCAUCGACUCUCAUUUCAGGGAUCAGUGAGAGAAACUUGACAAAGAAUACAAAAGAAAUGCUAAUGAGUCAAUUGUCGAAUAGGCAAAGUAGUCGUAGGAUGAAGCAAUCUUGUCAAAGUUUUCUGCGCAACCUGACUUGAAAGUUUCAAGCUCUUCUUGUUCAUUAAUGUGUGAAGGAAGACUUUGUCACAUGAUAUUAGGUAUCAAAAUAUAGAAGAAUAAUUGAAUUGUAUGAUGAUAUAAAUGAAAUAUAAGCAAUUUGCCUUUGAAGAAACAAGAUGUGGGAAUCCUGGUUUCCUUUUUUAUGGGAUGCACUGUAGACAUAAUAAGUGCAAUAUCUAUAACUAGUUUUCUAGUAUUAGCCAAUUAAAUCAAAAGAUUUCAGUAAUAGCUUUGAACUGUUAUUAAAAAGUUGUUAUUAUAACACGUUUUAUAAAACAGGGUCCAUAUCCAGUCCAGGGAAUAAUUUUCCUGGUAUCACAUCGCAAUUUGCUCAACAAUUUUGAAAGACUGCUAUGCAUUUUUAAAGAUAGGACUGUACAUUACUUAGUUGAAAGCUAUUCUUUUAUGACCAAAAAUGCUUUUCAAAUUAGUAAAGUAAAAUUAUUCCCUACAGCCAUCUGGAGACUGUUCCAUGAAACCAAUGGCAAGACAAUGGAAAUUCAGUGAAACUCAAAUUAAAUGAAUAGAUAAAGGCAAAAUAUAUAUGUAUAUAUUGGGUAGAAAAUAGCAAUAGUAGAUGCAAUAUGUAUUUAAAGGCCUUGUAGAUUAGAACAUUAAAUUCUGUAGAAAUGCAAACUUAGGUCACUUCUAAAAUCAGUACUUAACAGUUAAGAUGUGUACAUGUACAUCAGAUUGACGUAAAAACUAUACGACGGGGGGAAUUGCUUAUACAACCAUGUACUGAAUUAUCUCAGAUAUAUACAAAAAAAUAUAUCGGAUUUUUUAAAGAAAUAAUGGGUUGUAACAAGAAUGUAUUUGCAAUCAUAUGAAACUUUUUUGUCAGAAUCUUUCAAUUGAUUGCUUGUGAUUAAUUGGAAGACAUGAUUGAUUUGGGAUCCUGAAAUAGAUUUACAAUUGAUUGUAAAUUUCCUGUUGCAAUUUUACAAUUGAUCAACUGCAAUUAACUUGGAAUACAUGGUGAUAGACUUCGGAACCCCAAGUAGAUUUGCAAUUGACCAUAAUAGACUUAUGACCACCUUAUGUAAUAAAAUGUAGGUCCUUGAUGUUACACUUAAACUGUGCAUAUGCAGCUUGUAUGAAUUUCAGGAUUACUGGAUCAGUUUGCAGGGUCAUUGCUAUGUCAGUAAAGCCUUACUAAAGGAUUACUAGUAUUGAGUCUAUGAUAAAAUAAAAUGCUGCUGGUAGUAGUUAGGAUAUAUUUAUUUUUUAUAUCGAGUGUAUGUGUGAUGUAAAUAUAGAAAUCAAUAUAAUUUGAAACAUUUCCUGGAAAUUUAUUUUUCUGUAACCUGCAAACCUUUGAUUUUUUUAAAAUUAAUUAAGUGCCUUUCUUUUUUAUGCUAGAAAUGUUGUCAAACAGUUUAAACUGUUUCUGGUUCUUCAGAAUGCAGAGGCGGUGGAACGUCAGGCUCAUACAAUUAAGUGGAGGGGCACCUAUAGUUUGGCAGACAAAAGGUGCCCCUACACUUUCUUUGUCUGAGCCUGAUGUUCUGCCGCCUCUGUCUGAAUGUUUACCAAUCACCCAUACCCCCCCCACCCAAUAAAGGGGAUAAAUUGCUGUUUGUUCAGAUAUGGCUCUAAAGCUAAUAAGAAAGGAUAUGUCAUGAAAGUAGGAAACACUUUUAUUGGUCUCCGGACUUCAAACAUCAGUGGUCCAAUCCAUUUUUUUUUCUAAAGUAGUUUUAUCCAAUGGUACAAGAAUGAACCUGUGUCAUCAUCAAAAAAAGUUUAACCUUGGAUUUUCAGACAAAGAGAUUUUUCACUUGAGCAUCAACAUGUUGAAUGUGCUCAUGAAAAAAAAAUCAAGAUGAACGUUCACUUCCUUGAAGUACCACCUCUACUAUCGCUAUAUUCCACAAAGCAUCAGCUAUUACAAUGAAAUUCUUUGAGGUUUCUUCUGACAUUUAUUAGCUUUUUAAAAUUUGUUUUGUCCAGGUGCAAAAUAAAACUUCAGACUAAGGGGCUACACAUUUCAUAUUGAAAUCAAAUUGCCAUCAGGUUAAACAGAAAAAUUACAUUUGUCAGUCUUUGGGGGCACCAAGAAGGACCUCCUUUUGCCCCUGUGGCAAUAGAGACCACAAGUUUAUGUGUGUGUGUGUUUUUUUUUUGGGGGGGGCAUAGGUUCCUUGAAUUCCUUGUCUUUGUUCAAUUUCUCAUUGAGAUUUGAUAUUAUAUAACCCAUGAGUUUGGAUAGUCAUUAGAGCAGUAAUCCACCAAUACAUACAAUGUGAAUGUUGCAUUUCAUGAUUUUGAACAGAUUAUCGUAAUAUUUUUUAUACAUUUUUAUGUUGUGUGCCUAAUGAUUUACUUUUAUAUUUGUAUUUAAUUGCUUGUAUUAAUUUACUACUUUAUUUAUAUGUAUUCUCAAAGUGAAACAAAGUAUUUUUUAUGUAUAUAUUCUUAAACGAAAGCAAAUUCAACAAGUCUGUUGUAAGCUAGAAUAUUUUAGUGAUUUUAGUCGACAGGGCCCUGUAUUGCAAAACUGAGCAGUUGAUUGUAACACUGAUUUGUAUGCUUGAUUGCACAUGAUGAGCAAUGUUAUCAAGCAUAAAAUCAGCGCUAUGAUCAAGUUACUAAGGCUUUGUGAUACUUGGACCAGGUGUUCAAAGUCAUAUAAUGCUCAAGGCUCAACCUCAUCCCGAGUUUGCAAAUUAUCCUACUAUUUCUGGGCCCCAUCUUACAAAGAGUUACAAAUAGUUACAAAUUUAAUCAAUCGCAACUCCAUGAAAAUCCAUCAGUGUCAUAAUUUCUUCUACAUGAAAUUAGCAAAAUGUCCUUUGUAAACAGAGAACACAUCAAAUUGUCAAGAAAACAAUUAAUUUAUGAAUGUACAUAUCUAGAAAACAUUUUGAACUAAAAUUCAUUUUAGAUGUUGAUGUUGCUGGCCGUCCAGUUGUGGUUAAUCGGACUAAUCGCAGCUCUUUGUAAGACGGGGCCCCGAUCUGUAAGGGCCCUUUAACAUGAAGCUUAGUAAUUGAUUGCAGGACCAAUUUCUUUGAUUGAUGGCAUUAAUAAUAGUGUAUGAUCAACUCUAAAUAUCAGCCAUACGAUCAAUCACUAAGCUAUUUCAUGGGGCUUGGAAUAUCAAGAUUAUAUUUUCAAUGCAGAUGUUAUUAGCUGGAUAUUUUUGUUGGCUUCAUCUCAGAUUACAAUCCUGAUAGGGCCAAGGAUUCUGGUCUGAAAUAGCACAGUAUAUGAUGAAUCAUCCAGUCCCUUUGCAAAAGAAGAUGCACUGGGCUAUUGGCUCGGGUAUCCGUUGCAGAAAGAGUUAUGAUGGCGCUUGAUUUUUUUGCAUUUUAACGGCCCCUUCGAUAAUCAUUCAUAUUACAAUACUCUCUACUCAAAUGAUAAAAUUCAAAGAAUGUGAAUAUUGAUCAUAAAGGGAGCAGAUUGCGCUCAUUUUACCCUGUAAAAGAAAAAAAGCUGUGGCAAAUGCAGAUGCCACCGUCUCUCAUUCGAUGAACACUUGAUACAUGUUUGCUUGCUGUAUCACAAAUGUAUUGUGACGAUGUACGUGUGAAAAUAUAAUUAAAAUAGAUCCAAUAUGGAUCAUCCAAUGCAAGUUUUUGUUAAGGUUUGGUGUGUUCUGUGGAGGAAUUCCUUGUACCCUGAAAUUGUGUUUUAGUGUAAUGCUAAAAUGGAAUUUGAUAAAGAUAUAAAGAGAGCGUGUAAAUUUGUGUUGGGACAAAGAGGGAAAACGGGAAAUAAAUAUAUGAACCUACUGCCCCCCCCAAAAAAAAAAAUGGACAAGUACUCUUCAGUAUAUUGAAAAUCACUUUGUUUAUUCAAAACAAAACGGCAAGAGUCAAAUGAUUCAUAUUUACACAAUAAAAGUCUUGACCAGAAUGAGUUAAGUAAGAAAAAUAAAAUACAAUCAUCGUAGAAACAAUAAGCAUUUGCAAAUUUUCAAAUGGAUGAAUUCAAUGUCAAAUUAUGUAAUACAUUGUCUACCAGUAACACAUAGAAAAUACAUGCUGGUUUGGUUUUCCACCUCAGGGAAACGAAUGAAUCAAAAUACAUUUUUGAAAAUAAAAUGAUAAAAGUGUUAUCGUUCAAUAAUAAUUAACAAAAUUUGAGCAUUCCCCAAUACAUGCAACAUCAACAUUCAUCAUGAUGAGAGGCCUCUUUUUCAACUUGCAAGUCAACAUUUUUUCAUUGAUAGCGUGCACUGCAAUGCAAGUGAGAAUACAAAGUUGAGGUUUGUAAUCACAAUAGGAGAGAAACAGAAUUGGAGAUAACAAUUGACGAACAACCUCUCAGGAUUUAAUGAGCAGGAAUGAUGUUGCAAGGAAGAUGCAAAGUGCAAGCAGGAUCAUGAAAGCUCUUAACUGACCUGUUACCUUUCGAGAGGGAUGCAAAAUGAAAAGCUAAUCUAUCACAAAUAAUUUCUAUUCCUUUCCAUCUCCUUCCUUUCUGCUUUCACCUGAAUGGAUGUCUUGAUAUAAAACGUAUUCAUAAGGUCCUUGCCACAAUAGGCUACUAGGAAUACAGCCCCUGGGGGCCAGUCAAAUGUAUUGCUGUACAUGACCAAAUUAUUUCCAAACAACCGCUAGACAAGUUUUUUCUCAGUGUGCAAAAUAAUCCCUUUAACAGGUUUUUUGCAGGCUUUAUGUGCCCCUAAACAAAUUGUUGCCAGAAUAUGACCUUAAUCGGGGAAGCUUGGGGAAAAAAACAUACCCUAACUAUGUUUGACCCCGCGAUUGACCACCGACCAGUCUAUUAAAACCACCCUUAUUCUUGAAAAUCUGUGUUUUUGAUAACCUUAACGAGUGCACACCCAGCCCGCAUCCAAAACUGAAAAACAACCCUUUUAACACGUUAUUUGGUCACACAUGUGUACAGCAAUAUAUUUGACUGCCCCCCCCCCCUUGCAGCCGUUCAUUACAUACCGACAUGUCUGGUAACCUCUUUUUUUUGUCUUUAUAAAAGACAAUUUUCAUGAAAUAUCAUGCAUAGAUACAUCUACAUGUAUGUUUAAAAAUCAUUGAUUUUGUUUUUCAUAUCUGCGAUAAUGUUAUAUAUAGUCACACAAGCGUUAUCGAAUUACAAGCAGAAAUUUGACCCUGUUCUCCGAAUAAUGGUCUACAGUCACUCGGUCUACAAGCAGUGAGAUCUAUAUGAAUAAGGCCCAGUAUUAGCAGUAUAAAGCUAGACACAUGUUUUUGUCUGUGUACAAACAAGGAUUAGACCAUGUGGUAUGAGCCCAAACAGCAUGCAGAUAGCAUGGGUGUAGACCAAUUUGCGAUAUAAUACCUGAAUAAAAAUCAGGAGAGACCUUUCCUGUUCCAUCUCCAUGGACUGGAAAUACAUUUGAUUAAACACAUUACCACAUAAAUGUGAUAAUUUAUCCAUAAGUGGAAUGCCUAGGGAAC